UGCUUCCGCAAAUAUGUUUAGGGUAUAGACAACAGCUGUCGAAAUUGGCGAAAAAAAUAAAAGUAAAAAGGCGAAAUCUCGUUUUUCUUAACAGAAAUUAAGAAAAUUAUAGUCGGUUAAAAUAUUCAGCAGACUACGAUGAAGCUUCUCACUACAUCUUAGGCCUGUCUCAUCAAUAUAGAAACAUCCCCUCUAGUAUGGUUAAGGAGAGCAUUCACAUUUUUAUUUAGAUUAUUUUUUUAUAGUGAAAUGGGUGUUCUCUUCUCAAAAAUAUGGAGUUUAUUUACCAAUGAAGAGCAUAAGAUCAUAAUUGUGGGCCUUGAUAAUGCUGGGAAAACAACAAUUUUAUAUCAGUUCUUAAUGAAUGAGGUGGUCCACACAUCACCCACCAUUGGCAGCAAUGUGGAGGAAGUGGUCUGGAAGAAUAUCCAUUUCCUUAUGUGGGAUAUUGGCGGCCAGGAGUCUUUAAGGUCCUCAUGGAAUACUUACUACACAAACUCUGAGUUCAUCAUCAUGGUGAUUGACAGCACAGACAGAGAGCGCCUGUCCAUCACUAAAGAGGAGCUUUACAAAAUGCUGGCCCAUGAGGAUCUCAGGAAAGCUGCUGUCCUCAUCUAUGCCAACAAACAGGACAUCAAGGGCUGUCUGUCACCUGCUGAGAUAUCUCAGCAGCUGAACCUGACCUCAGUCAAAGACCACGUCUGGCACAUACAGGCUUGCUGCGGACUCACAGGGGAGGGGCUGUACCAAGGCUUGGAGUGGAUAACCUCACAUAUACGACGACGAUGAUGGCAGCUUGUCCCUCAAUGUUUGAUUUAGUCACUGAUCUGUAGGAAAUUUUAGAUUGAUUCUUAUUUGAAGUAAACAAGCAAGCUCAGAUGAGUAGGCUGAAAGUGUACGCACAUGUGUACACAUUCUAAAAGUGUAGGUGUUUUUGUCAACAGGCCGGGACUUUAAAAUAAAAAGACAUUAUGACCUUUGACAUGGUCAACUUCUCGACCCAAGCUGAAGUCUUCCACACAUAGAAUCACAUAUAGAAUCACACAUAGAAUUAACUAGGCUGUACCACAUCACACAUAGAAUUAACUAGGCUGUACCACAUCACACAUAGAAUCAACUAGGCUGUACCACACAUAGAAUUAACUAGGCUGUACCACACAUAGAAUCAAUUAGGCUGUACCACACAUAGAAUCAACUAGGCUGUACCACACAUAGAAUCAACUAGGCUGUACCACACAUAGAAUCAACUAGGCUGUACCACAUCACACAUAGAAUCAACUAGGCUGUACCACACAUAGAAUUAACUAGGCUGUACCACAUAUAGAAUCAACUAGGCUGUACCACAUCACAUAUAGAAUCAACUAGGCUGUACCACACAUAGAAUUAACUAGGCUGUACCACAUCACAUAUAGAAUCAACUAGGCUGUACCACACAUAGAAUCAAUUAGGCUGUACCACAUCACACAUACAAUCAACUAGGCUGUACCACACAUAGAAUCAACUAGGCUGUACCACACAUAGAAUCAACUAGGCUGUACCACACAUAGAAUCAACUAGGCUGUACCACAUAUAGAAUCAACUAGGCUGUACCACAUAUAGAAUCAACUAGGCUGUACCACACAUGUAUGUGUCAUAUGACUGACACAAAUGUAUGUGUCAUAUGCCUGACACAAAUGUAUGUCAUAUGUAGCACAAAUGUAAAGACCAACCUAGUGUUUGUUUCCUUGUUUAGUUUGAUCCAUCAUUAAUGUAUUUGAUUUGGCAUUGUGUUGUACGUCAUGCCCCACCAAAAUUCCAUGUCAGACUUUUUAAUUCAGUUUGUGUUGAGCCUAAAGACUUCCCUAAGUCUCUGCUAGAGAAUCCAAUUUUGUUUUGAUAUUAUUUUAUUUAUUUGUAUUGUGUUGAAAGCUUAAUAUCUCAAGAUGUGAAAUACACUUGUGUUUACAAUUUGUUAAUAUCUCAAGAUGUGAAAUACACUUGUGUUUACAAUUUGUUAAUAUCUCAAGAUGUGAAAUACACUUGUGUUUACAAUU